UCAUAGCAAGUCGUCAGAAGAGUCUGACACAUCACCGGUGUCACACAAAGGGUCGGCCGGCGUCCCCCCUCUCCCCCGCAAGCGCCGCGUGCUCCACGCACCACGCCGUGGGCUCAUCCUAUCAUGUCUAUGGACACCUCUGCUAACAGGGGCUGGGGGGCGGGAGGGGUAAUCGGGGCGCGCGGAAGCUACUGUCGGUGGCUGCGCUUCUGGCGGCUGGGAAGGGGUGGCUGGCGGCUCGCCUCGCAGAAUGCGGGCCAAUCUCAUUGUCUGCGGAUCCAUCGCAUACCUGACACCACACACACACACGCACGACAGACACAGGUACGAACCAGGUGGCCGGCUGAGCAACUGACAAACAUACGCAUACGGAUCUCUCCCCCUCACCUCGCGGCCCGUUUCGAGUGUGCUGGUGCGCUCUGUGUGGGUGGCGCCGGUCUUGGCGGCACCCGUGUCUUGGGCCGCUCUCCCUCCCUCUCCCCAGCCACAGCAGCCGCCCGUGGCGGGGGCAGCGGGUGGGGGGAUGCAAAGGGUGCCUCGGACUCACGAGGAGGCUGCGAUUCAUCACUAUCAUCCAUGUCGUCAAACAGCAAUGGGCUCUCCUGCUGCUGAUGCUGCGGCAGGGUGACCGGCAGCGACGAGGGGGCGGGGGGCUGCUGCAGGGUCGUGACGAGCCCUUGCAGCAUGUUGAGGAUGCCCUGCUGCAGCUGCCCGUGGUCGAGCAGCGUCGGCGGUGGCGGUCUCUGCUCAGUGGGGGGUGGUGGGUGCUGCCUCAGGUAGUCAAACAGGACCCUCUGGAUCUCGUCGCUUUUGCCCCCGCCGGCACCUGCAUCUCUAUCAUGCCCAUUGGUGGGCGGCUCGGGUCCUCUACUGGCAGCAGAUGCCGAGGGCUCGGCUGGCUGUUGUGAUGAGGCGAUCACGUGGUCAGCACAUGAGGGAAUGAGGCUGCCCUCAGCUGCCGGCUGCGAUGGUGGCGCUACGUGGUCGGUGGGGGGCGCUGGCUCGGCAAUGGUGGGAGGUGUUGGUCCUAAAUGGGGCCCAUUCGGCUCACUGGCAGGGAGGGGGGGCUGAGGGGGAGGGGGAGGGGGAAGGGGCGGUGGAGCCACUAUACUCGACGAAGGCUGAGGUACCGCCUUGGUCGCUCCCUCAUGGUCGCCGGCUCGCGAUAUCUCCUUUGCCGCCUGUCCACUUGCCACUGCCGCAGGUUGCUCCGAUGUCACUCUCUGCCGCUCAUCGUCUGUUCCGCUGUCCUCUUUUAGCCCCUCGUCUCGCUUGGCGGCAGUGUGUGUGGGCUGUGUGGGCACUGGGUGGGGCGGCAAGAGGUCCUCAACAGUGGUGGGCCGAAAAGUGUCCGCAUUCUGGUCGCAUGUGUGCCCCGGAUGACCGGCAUCUGGGCUGGCGGCCGCCGUGUCGGGAUGGACACCCCGUGUGGCCUCCGCCUCUUCUUUCACUGGCGGUGGUGGGUGUAGGUCUCUGCUCGUCGGCGGCCUCUGUGGGGGCGACAGGAGGGGCGAUGACGCCCCGGACAGAAAGGAAGAGAUGAGCGAUUGACGAAUCGACUGGGCGCUCUGCGAGACGUCCUGUGGGUGGUCGACGGAUGGCGGGGAGGGGGACGAGGAGAAGUGGUCGAUGGACGGCUGUUCCAGCGGCCGCAGGGGCGGCUCCUCGUCUGCAUCCUUGAAUGGCGAGAGGUCGGCACGCGACGGGGAUGAGGGCGAGAGCUGCAGCACCGAAUCGGCAUCGGUUUGCGGCGGGUGGAAGGGAGGGACCAGCUGUGGCUGUGGCUGUGGAGCAUCAGGAUGCGGCUCGUCUGCAAUUGAGAACCCUCGUGGUGUCCCAUCCCUCCACUUCUGGAUGGUCUCGAGUGCCGCCAUGUUCUUCAUGUGCUGCGCUGUCAAUUCCUCAAGUGGCGUGUUUCGCAGAUGCUCCUCCAGUGCAGACAGCUCCUCCCUCGCCCGCAAGGACAGCGCCCGCGCCUCAUCCAUCGCGCUCGUGCCCUCCUCCCCUGCUGCUGCCGUGGGCUCUUCUAACGGCCUCGCCUGUGUCGCGUCAGACCGUCUCAGGGCGGCGAAUGGCCCGGGCUGGCCGACUGGCGCUGAGGGGGUGGUCGACGGCGGGCUGGUGAGGGACACCUGUACACGCAGCUGUCCGCAGCUCUCCUUGAUGGUCGUGUCGAGCGGUACUGCUGUCGGCUGAUCGCGUGUGGCCGCAUGGCGGACGGCGUAGUAGCCGUCGAUGGGGAGGCCGAAGGUGAGUGUCUCGAGGGGCACCUCCGCCACGCCGAUGAGGGUGGACUGGUUGCUAACCGCCUUGUCCAGGUGCCACACGAGCAGCCGCAGCUGCAGCCACCGCAGGUCCGACACCUCCUCUAUGACACGGUCGCUCCCCGACGCCUCAUCAGGAGCGAGGCAGAUGGUGUGGUGGGAGUGCCAGGUGGGCGUCGGCGUUCGAUGCACCACCGCAGUGCCGCCCAUCUCCGCUGACACGUCCUCGAUGACGACCCCACGUGGCGGCUGGCCGUGCGGUGUGUCGUCGUGCUGUGUCUGUGUCUGUGUGGGGUGGUCGGUUGCGAGCUGGAUGGAAUAGGAGACCAUGGCAUUUGGGGGGCGGCCGUCGAUGAGCGGGAGAUGUGUUGCGUUGAGGACACAGAUGUGCAGCUCCAGACCCGGCCCACUCGUGGCUGAAUGCGGCGCCUCCACUGCAGCUACUGGACGGGCCAGCCUCUCUGUUGCCAACUCCUCACUGUCGUCGACCCCCUCUGUUGCCACCUCCUGUCGGCUGGGCGGUGGUGGUGGUGGUGCGAGUGUAUCGACGUCUCGCAAUAAGUUGGCGUAGUCCACCCACUCCUCCCCCUGGCCACCCCUGUAAACCUCGCCCUUCCACGCCUUCCAUCGCCUGACGAACGCCCACUCCCAUGCAGUCAGCCCGGCGACGCUGCCGCUUCCCGGCUGCUGCUGCUGCAUCGACUGCUGCGCCAGGAGGACGGCCUGCUGGAAAGCGCUCCACGGCAGGCACCCUGAGGGGGGGAGAGAGGUGGUGGCGCUGGUGCUAUUGCGGACAGAGUCGGCCAGCUCGCGUGUCAGCGGCUCCUUGAGCUGCAGUAGCUUGGGUGCGAUGGUCCUGAGGAUGAGGAGGUCGAUGAAGGGGCGGGAGCACUGCAGAUGGUGACGCUUGGAUGGGGUCUGGUCUGCUGACGUCGGUGUCUCUGUGUCGGCUGUGAGGAUGCUCUUGAAGGGGGGCGGCAGGGGGGUCAGCAGGUGCAGCACGCCGUGCUUCCUGAACGAGCAACGAGAAGCGAAGAAACAGCGGGCCUUCCACUUCGUGUGUGUGAGUGGUGCAUGUGUGUGUGUGUGUGUAUGUGUCCAUCUCACUUGAGCAGUGAUCCCAGGACGGUUGCCGUGGUCGGCGCAUCCAGCCCCACCAUUGCCCUAGCCCCCUUCGGCCGCCCCUCCAAUGGCGGAGUGUGGAGGUCAUGCCACAGCCGGCCAAUCAGCGCUGAGUAUAGGUCGGCCGCCUCGCCACUCACCGCCUCCUUGGCUGCACUACGUGACCGCAGCCGCAGGUCUUUGCCCUCCCAGCAGGUGGCCGCCCACCCACUGGGCAUCAUCUGCGAGGCCGUCGAUGGCGCCACCUCCUCGUGUGUGGUGGCUGAGGUGACAGUGACCGUGGCGAAGAGACGUCCGGCGAUCCUGCCGUCGGAGCCCUCGAGUGGGAUGGACAGCGACCACCAGGAGAGGCACUUGGAAGUGGCAGCGGUAGCGCUUGUCGGUGGUGGUGGUGGUGGGAUGGAUGUGGCGCCCUUGGCCACUUGUUUGGACUCGGUGAGGGCUGCCCGGCCGAUGAGGAGGUAUAGCUGCAGCUCCAUCUCUAUCUCAGCUGUGGCGCAAUCACAAUUGGACACCGACCUUCACACACAGCAGGGAGGGAAGCAAGACAAGCAUCGAUCGCAUCGUGGUGGGUAUGGUUCUCACGUGCAGUGCAGAGCUCACCACUGUGAGAACUUCUCGCUAUGGCCAACACGCAGCCGAGCCAGUGUGCCGCAGAAGGGCCGCCAAGCUACGGGCGGUGACCCACCGCUCCCCUCUCCCUCUCCAGCCUUGUCAUGCCCUCUCGCAAACACAAGAGGCUGCGGCGCCGAUGAGGACCUCCUCUCUGUGGCGACGGCCGCCUCUCUCUCUCCCUCUCCCUCUCCCUCCCGCUCAUCGUCGGCGUCUGACUUGAUGCGCACUGCCGUGUCGAGAUAGUAGGAUGCCGGUGGGAAGGGCCGGUCUGUCGAGAGAGUGGCCGUGAAGACGCUCUCCUCGAUGACUAGGUCGUGAAGGCUCACACAUAUGUCCAGCAACCCAACAGCUGGGGGCAAAGGGGGAGCCGGCGCCACCUCUCCUUGCUCAGCCUGAUCGGCCUCUAUCGCCUCACCAGAGAGAACCACGGUCUCUAGCUGCCGCAAAGGGCAUGUGGCGGCCACGCUGCUGCCGGUGAAGACCGUCUGGAAGACUGGCGGGACGGGCCCGCUGUGCCUCUGCCGCUGGUAGGAGACGGUGAGGGCGAGAGAGGAGGGGCUGCUGUGUGUGUCGGUGAAGGGGAUGGCUUUGGGCAGGUGGGCGCCCACCUGGGCCUGCAGCGAGUCCAGAGAGCCGAUGAAAGAAAGCGCCUCCACCUUGUGCAGCCGCGCCGUGGCCACCACACUGCCCCCGUGCUGCUGCUGUCUGGCCGUCGACCGACCAUUGUCGUGGUCGCCAUAGCUAACCAGAUACACCAGCAGCAGCCACUCGCACUCGCCGAGCAGCGCUGGCAGGUCCAGGUGCACCGAUGUGGCGAACUGGUGGCGGAUCUUGAGGCCGAUCGGGACCUCCCUUGCUGUCGCCUCCUGCUGCUGGUGGUGGUUGUGGUCGAGCACACCUGUGAUGCAGCCUUCGCUGCUGCUGAAUAUCUCGCACUGCAGCCGCAGCUGAGAGGGGACCACCGCACCGGAGAGGUGGAGCGACGAGAGGGUCAGCACGAGGGUAUGCUGCUCGUACUCCCCGAUCAGGCCCAGCAGCACCGGCACACUCAUGACCUCCGAGCCGCCCUCGCCCUCUCCCUCACCCCCACCGGCCUGCUCGCCCUCCCUGGCGGCCCUCUCCUGUGCUUUGGGCAUGUAGGCACUCGCCACCCAGUCACACAGCUUCAUCAGCGCAAUCCCCACCGAGUUGUCCAGGUAAGACCCGUUCUCACGCCCAUGGUAGAAGAGCGCGGCCGUCACCGACUCCCGGCGCACCCAGCCUGAGUGCUGGUGCGCCCUCAGCUCGGCCGCAAUGGCGCUGGUGCGUGUGUGGAGUUUGGUGCGUGCGGAUGAGAGCAGCAGCUCCUGUGAGGGAGGGGGCGAGGAGGGAGGGCGGUCGAGGGUGGGUGUGAGGGAGGGGGGAAUGUCCAUAUGCUGCCGCAUCAGAGGCGGAGGCUCGAUGUCCAGCAGGUGGUAGUGCGAGAUCAGGAGGGCCUCGCACUCCUCACGCCCGACGUCGUGGAUGUCGUCGCUCCCCAGCUGGUUGCGCAUGAGCUUCUGCCACACACCCAGGAGGUUCCUCGGCACACCCAGGUCCUCAAAAUGCCGCCAGAACACGCUCAGAGGGACCCUCUGGCCAGUGAUGGCGGGGAGGCCAUCGUCCUGUGAGGCGGCUGAGGUUGGUGCGGGGAAGAGCCUCGGCAGCUGUGUGGCGAGGUGGGGGAACCUCAGUUGCAUGAGUGUCUGGAAGUCUGUGUGUGUGAUGUGGACGUCGGGGACGUUGUCUGAUGGCUCGUCUGCGGGGUGGGACCUGACGAUGGACUGCAGGUCGAGACUCCGGAGGUACCCGCGGUUGUCCGUGUCGAGGCGCCUGAAGACCUGCACACACACACACACACACACAUGAACGAACACCCAUGCGGCCAUCCAUCCAGCAGCCAUAUCGGGGCGUUCCGUUCUCGGCGCACCUGUUCGAGGGAGGUGCCGCUUCUUCUGAUUGAGUGCAGCACCCGCUCCAGUAUCAGCAAAAUGGCGCUGCUCGACAGCAGCCCGUCCAUGGCUGACGAGGCAUCACGUGGCGGCUGCUCCUGAUCCCCAGCUGCUGCGAUCAUGGGCCUACUCUCCUCCUCUCCAGCCCCCCUGACCGACGAUGAAUCGACCUGCGGAUGGCGAGAGGGCGGCGGCUGGGGCGAGGCUGCUUUGCUCGCGCCCUCGGCCGUCGUCAGCAUGUGCCGAUGCACCAGCCGCAGCACGUCCAGGUUGAGAAUGUCAUCCACCUGAGCAAUACAUCAAUCACCUUUUUUCAUUUUGAUUGUCGCCAUGCUCGACUCAAACUCAGCUCACCCUCACCUCUCUGCGGACGAGUGCCAGGCUGAGGUCUCUCCCAGGGAAGGGAUCGGCAUACGUGUUGAUGGCCUCGGCGAGUUUCUUGCGCCACCUCUCCCCCGCCGGCCCGUCAAGAGAGCAUCCGCCCUCCCUCUCACGCAGACGGUGGCCGUGCUCGGCGGCGAUGACCCUCAGCUCCUGCUUGUAGGACUGGCACUGCUCGCUGAGGGCCUGGUGCAGCUCGUCCAGGUGGAAACCUUCCAGCGGCUCGAGGGCUCGGAAGUCGUGCAUCAUCGAGUCGUGGGAAGCAAACCUGACCCACACGUAAGGAACAGAACACAGAAUGGGUCGUCGACUGAUGGAUGGAUGGAUGUGUCUUAUGCUUAUGUCGUGUGUACCGUUCGAACAGCACUUGGCAGUCGGCUUUGCUGAACAUGCCGGGCAGCACGUCCCGCGCGGACGCCACCAGACAGGCCAGGAAGGGGUGCUCCUCGGCCGAGCCACCGGUGACCCGCCUGGCCACCAUCGACUGCAGCGAGUGGAUGUAGUCCUCCGGCAGGUACCCCGCACCACGCAGACACCGGUAGAGCCGCACCGUUACGCACUCAGCCAAAGCGAGCCGGAACUCUCUGCUCGCCAACAGCUUGGCCGUCGCGGCCAUCCAUGUGGGUGAGGCACUGAGCGACUCGUACGCCGCUUUGAUCGCGCUCUCGUCGGGCGGCCGGUCGGGCAGCAGACGGGCGAUGAGUGCGCUGAAUCUGGUGCGCGAGAUGGGUGUGUCGCUCUGGUGGUCGGUGUUGUUGAGCCGGAGUAUGUCUUCCAUGAGCAUGCCGCGGCGGAUGACGGCCUCCCGGACGGCCAGCCAUACCCCCGCCGCUCCCUCCCCCUCCCCCUCUCCGUGCCUCUCCUCCCUCUUGGUCUUGACGUUGAGCACGGCAGCCAAAUCGAGAUCUGACAGGUCCGUCAUCACAGCUGCAGCUGGGCCCUCCUCGCCGCUGCUGUCAUGCAUCUUGCCCGCCCGGUCGAGGACGUCUUUGAAUAUGGCCAUAUCGAUGGUCUCGCCGUGCUGCUCGUCGGCCGCUGCGGCUGCUCCUCUGGGCGUCCUUCUGCCGUGCAGUGACCGAGAUGCGGUGGUCAGGCACCGACACAGCCGAUCGACGUCACGCAGGGAGGCCUCGCAAUGGGGGGCAAGCAGCAGAUGGAGCGCAUGCACGAAGAGAGACGAUGGGAUGCUGGUGGGGGUGGCAUUGCUGUCGCCGCCGUCUUCAGUGCGGAAGAGGUCUUCUGGUGAGAGGUGCAGCCGGGAGAGUGCCCGUGUGGUGGCCUGGAGGGUGGUGUAGACGGAUGUCUGAUAUGAGGCGAAGCACCGGUCCAGUUCGGAGAGGAAGAUGCGCCCGCGGCCCUCACGGUCGAGCACCUGCAGAUCAGAUCAGAUGAGGGAGGGAUGGACCAAGAGAGGCAAAAUGACAUGUGCCUGUGUGGCGAGGGUAGGGAGGGUAGGGUGCAGUGUUGUCUUGUGGUGUCUUGUGUGUGACCUUGAGGGAGUCCCCGAAUUCGUCUAGUGGCAUGUUGAACCCCUUGGCGGCGAAGGCCUCGUGCAGCUCGUCCAAAGACACAUGACACGAGGAGGAACCAUCGGCACCCUCACCACCACCGUCACUGUCGCCAUAGCUGACACACCACACCACAACACCGAUUUUCAACACGCGUGUGCUCGCCGGCCUCUCUCUUUCUCCCUCUCUCCAUCCAUCCAUCCGGUAUGUCUCUCACCUGCCGCUGCUGACGCAAGAUGAUGGCAUGGCUGACGGCAUCUUGGCAAGCCAUGCGCCCAUGACGUCACCGAGGUGGUACAGCGACAGUGCCUGUGCCUCGCCGAACCACGCAAUGAGGUCCUGGUAAGUCAUUGGGGGGGCCGCUGAUGCCGGUGGGUGUGGGUGUGUGUCGGUCCUGCCCAUGUUGGGCUGCAGUGUGAAGGAGGGGUGCGCUGCGGUCCACUGCGCCAGGGCCGUGACGUCCAGCCACACCGAUUCCAUCGCUGCCGCCUCCAAACCAAAGGCACGCUCCAAUGACUCCAACACCUGUCAGCACCAGAGAAAGGGGCACGAGUGUAACAUCCAUCCACCAUCCCAUCCACCUCACACCCACACGCAAUACACACGCACACACACACACACAGACCUGCUGUCGAGUUGUGUCGUCAGUGGCUGGCGAAGCCAGUGGCAGGUUUCUCUCUGAGAGUGCGUCGAGCAUCUUGCUCUCGGUGCCGCAGCAGGCCAGCCGCAUGUAGUGCCAGCCCGUCUCGAGGGUGUUGGUGAGGGAGGGGGUGAGGGAGGGCGGCAGGGGCGCCGUCGACCGCCGCUUGAGCGCCCGUCGCGUGGCGUUCCACCAGUGGCGGAAGCGGGGGUAGUGCACUAGGUGGCUAGUGUCCUUGGUGGCGGAGGACGGCAGGCACAGGAAGGGUACUAUGGACUUGACCGCCUGACAGACACAGACAGAUAUUCUUAAAGCAUUGCAGCAAGGAAACGUGUGUUGUUCAAUCUUUGUGUGUGUAUACCGGUGGAUCGAGCUGCAGGAAGUUGCGCAGGAGCCCCUUGAUCCGCUCCUCCCCCACACCAAGAGUGAAGACGCUCCUGCCGUCCUUUCCCCCUCCCCCUGGCUCCCCUGCCUCCCCGCCGCACCGUACGAGUGCCGCAAACACCACCUCACUCGGCAUCGACAAGAACCGCUUCAGUAGCGCACCCCGCCCGCCAUCAGGCAACGCCCCACACACCAGCGCCCCACCUGCGCCAGCCUCACCCGCCUUGGCCCUCACUGCCGCACUCAACGACGGUAUGUCGAUCGGCAUCGACGGCAGGUCGCCUGGGGUGAUGAUCCGCCGCUGCCCGGCCAGCGGGGAGAAGGCCGACAGGGCGAGAGAGAGGUCCGCUUGGGGAAGGGAGAUGUGGGCCUUGUGUAGCACGUCGGUGACGCUGCUGGCGUCAGCUGACGCGGCCGGGAUCGCACUGAGCGCCGUCAACACCGAUUGGCGGACCGGCCAGAUCGCCUCCACCAGCCGGUUGGCAGCGUCCCGCGCCAGGCUACCGCCAUGGAUGGACACUCUGGCAAGCGCCUUGUCGAUCAUCUCUGUCGUGAUUCGGCCGGUGGAAGGAUCGCCGAUGGCCUCCAGGCCCUCCACAGCGGCGAAGAGGCCGCACCUGAUGCCGAGAGUGCUCCACACGCCCACCAGCCGGCCCUCGAUGGUGGCAAUCUGGGCCUCAAUGGCGCCUUUGGAUUGUCGGGUGGCCCACAGCGCCUGAUAAGCCGAAUUGAGGGAUGAUGCUGCGGUGUCUACGUCGACCCGGCCGCACAGGACAGCCGCCUUCAGCCGCAGCAACACACCCAGCUGCAGCAGCGGGCCAGAGGCAGAGCCCCCUGCUGCUGCUGCUGCUGCUGAUGCUGUCGCCUCUCUCUCGGCGCCCAAAGCUUCUCCUCCCCUCUCACCGGCCGGGGGGGCUUUCUCUUCGCCAGCUGUGGCUUUGGCGCUGGAGAUGGGCUGCCGUGAAGUCCAAUACCGUUGGUAGCCGUCGACGAGAAGGGAUGAGGGGAUGGAGAGCGACGGGGAUGCGCCGACAGUGACAGUGUCGUGUGGGGGUGCGGCUGCGGCUGGGGGCAGGGCGAGGUAGCGCGCGAGCCGCUGCAGCUCGCUGCGGGUGGGCAGCUGGACUGUAGCCGAUGCUGGCAGUGUCGCUGCCGGCUGCUGCACCUCAUCAUCUUGACGAUCGUCAUCUGCACAAGGGAGAGGUACAGAGAGGGGGGAGGAUCACUCACAGACGCCCCGCACUCACCCCUGUGUGGCGAUGAUGCCGACUGUUUGUCGGCGUCUGUGAAGAGCUGGUUGAUGGCGAGAAUGAAGGCGUCCUUGGAGACUCGGUCGCCUCGAGGGUCGCCGGCCGCCCUGCGCUCGGCGAACAUGUUGACGAUCGAGGCCACGUGGAGGGGCGGCACACGCAGCUCCCACAGGGCCGUGAACACCUUGAGCAAGAUGUGCUUCGCCCUGUCAGUCACGACACAUACACACACACAGAGACAGUCUCCAUGUGUUGUGCUGUGUUGUGUUGUGUUGUGUUGGGCUCUGCUGUGUCGCUUGCGCGUGUGUGUGUGUGUGUGCGUCUGUCCUUAGUUACUGACUUGACUUGUGCGUGUCUGUGUCUGCCGAUGGCGUAAUACACCAUUCGCUCCAGCUCAGUCAGGUCCACCCAGCCGCCCUCCUGCCCGUCCACCACCCGCCACAGCCCCUCGACGCUCUGAGGCGAGCACCCCACACCCACGCGACGCAGGAAGCCGACCAAAGCACCCGGCCGCAGCACGCCUCUGCCGCCCUGGAGCUUCUGCCACAGACCCUCGAUGCGAGCCAGCUUCCCGUCUGCAUCUGUGUCGGUGCGUGGCGGUGUUGGAGGUGAGGGUGCUGCUGCGAGGUUGGCGAUGGCCUCGUCUGCCUGGCGCUCGAGGUCGUCGAGGUAGGCCCCGAGCUUGACAAUAUCGAUGGCGUCUGCGUCGAGGAUGCGAUCGGCCUCCAAGGACUCUGUCAAUGUCUUGGUGCUGCGGGUGGGUGGGCAAUCGACAGGGAGAGAGAGGGGACAGGGGAGAGGGAAGGUGGUCUGUGUCUGUGUGUGGGUGGGUGGGGGGGAGUGGGUACGGUACCCACCUGUCAGCUGCAGUUUGUUCGAUGAUGUCCUCGACGAGUGCGACCACCUCGUUGUGUGCGAUGCCCUUGCGCUUCAGAUUCUCGGACAAAUGCCUACACACCCACACAGACCAACACACACACACACACACACACAUCAAUGCCUUAAGGAUGUGUGUGUGUGCGUGUGGUGUGCUCACGAUAGUCUGACGUGUCCGGUGGUGCGAUCCAUCCCCGGGGUGACGUCACACAGCUGCACACACCGACACAGCAGCUGCUGCCGGGCAGACAACAACGCCUUGCGCGACGAACGGCCACCUGCACACACACACAUACACCAAGGAGAGGGAGGGGGCGAGGGAGAGAAUCUCACACACACAUGAGUGAUGUGGCUGCUGGAUGUGCCAGCAGUUAGUUACUUUUGGUUCUGUGCUUGGGCGGUGGUUGGAGGCUGGCGGGGUCGAACGACCCCUUGAGGUCGUCCUCAGACACGGCGUGAAGCGACAGCUCCACCGCACCUGAACAAACCGACAAACCGAAUCGACAUGAAUGCGUCUCUCUCUCUCUGUAUGGCCCUCCCCCCGUCCUUCUCACGACUGACUCACCUGCCAUGCCCUCUAACUCGCCGCUGCCCUCCAACUCACACCACUCCCGACACAGGUACACGCCCACAGACGAGGAGGGGACCUUCCUCCCAUCACCAUCACCCUCCCUCUCCGCCCCAGCGGCAGCACCAGCACCAGCACUCGUCUCUCUCAGCUGCUGCACCGACCGCCCCUUGAGGGCCGGCACAUCCACAGCCACAUUCCCGAGCAGCACGGGCUCGCGCCCAUCGGUUGACUCCCACGCCUGGACGGUUAUCUGUGGGUGUGUGGGGGGCAGUGGCUGGUCCUCUGGUGAUGGCUCAGGGGGCGUGGUGACGGUCCAGAAAGGGGCGGUGGACUUGCUGACCAAGUGGGGGGCGGCCGAUUGUGUGGAGGGCUCGAUGGCUGCGACGGGAGUCUCGUACUUCUGACAGACCAGCAAAGGAUGGGUGGGGGAUGGAUGGAUAGAUGUGUGCAGUCCCUCGUUUACCUGGUCGGUGCCCAUUCGGAAGCUAAAGUAGAGUUUCCUCCUCCUCUGCGUGUGGGGGAUGGCGGGGUGCCCCACCAGCUGCACCCGCUCCACACAUGCGAACAGGUGCACACCCUUCACCACAGGCUCCUCGGCCUCGCCCUCGCCCUCAUCUGCCGCUCCCUCCUCAUGUGCCGCCGAGUAGUGGGGCUGCUGCUGCUGUGCGUCUUCUCCUCCUCUGUGUCUGCUCUCCGCUCCCUCCUCGAGGAGCUGGACGGUCAGGUGCAGCCUGGCGAUGAUGUCUAUGUCGUUGUGGUGGUGCUGGUGGAGCGAAGGAGAGGUGCGGCGGACAAACAGGGGCGGGGGGCUGAUGAAGGGGUCCCGAAGGGCUACGGUCGUGCUGCACGUCCACCUACACACACGCACAUAUACACACACACACGGUGUGCUAUCCUAUGGAGGCUUCCACUGACCCUGGCGAGAAGAGCACCCUCAUGCCGUUGAGCUGCCCCUGUGCCAAUGCCUCAGACCCAGCGGGCAGCCCCCACUCCUUCGCGAGCUCAAUUGCCUCGCCCCCGCCGCCACCUCCAGUACUACCGUCCUUCUGCCCCUGGCUCGGCUGCCGCAGCAACGCACCCCUCGCACCCACACCAGCAGCACCACCGGCACCAACGGCACCGCCGCCGCCCUUUUUCUGUGCAGGGGGGGUGGGCACCCGGCCCUUAGACACUGCUGGCUUCUUGGCCGUCGCCUUGGGUGUGUGUCUCGGGGUGGUGGUCUCCUGCCGCACCACGGCGAGGCGGAAGGUGAAGCCUUCGUCUGCGAGCUUGGGGAAGGCGCCUCCCUCCUGCUGGUGCUGGUGCUGGUGCUGGUGGUGGGCCGUCAUGCACUCGCUGAGCAGGUCGACAGGGUGCUUGGACGAGGCGAAGUUGAGCGAGAGGUCGUGGGGGGAUGAUGCUUGUGAUGAUGAUGCUGUGUGGGUGGCGGGGGGGAUGGGGUACUGGCAGCGGACCUCCUGGGGUGGCAGAAGGGGGCGUGUGUCCGUGUCGUGGGUGGGGGCGUGGGCCGCUGGCAUGGCUGGGGCUGGCGCGGGGAACGAGUAGGCCAUGUAGAAGAGCCGCGGCUGGAGCUUAUCGAGAACCUGACACACACCACACCACACCGACAACACCACACACGAACAACGUCGCCAAGACAUAGACAGGUAUAUCUUCAGGCGCCCCCACCCCCCCGCUCUCAUUGCUCACCUGCCAUCCCCUCUCGGUGAAUUCGAGCCUCCUCAGCUGGACGGACACCUCCGUGACCCUGGCCAGCACUCCAGGUACGUCACGCGCUAUCGGCGCCACACCGACACCCAUGCCAACGCCCACAUCUCCGGACGACGGGCCCACUGGCGGCGGGGGCAUGGCUGAAACUGGUGCCGCAAUGGGCGGCGGGGGGAUGAGCGGCAUCGGACCCCCACCCUCUUCAUGACGGUUGUGGUCUUGCUGCUCAGCUGCAGCAGCAGCAGCAGCUGUCUGUUCUUGUGCUGUGGCGGCGACGGGGGCAAGGGGCUGUGGCUGUGGCUGUGGCUGCUGCUGCAUGGCUGCAGCAGCAGCGGCAGGGGGGAGUGGUGGUCCCUCUUGUGAGGGGCCUGGUGAGGGUGACGGCAUGGGUAGGGGCUGCGGCGGUGUGCCGCCCAUCGACAAUGUCCCCUUCUGCAAGACGCCACGCAGCAGCGAACCUGCAACCAAACCCACACAGAUCCCCCCAUAGCUGCGUUCGCCCUUGUGUGUCUGUGAGCUCAUCAUCUCAUCAUCCCCACCUGAGUGCAGGAGUUUCCUCAGUGCACUCGCUUUAGCCACGUUGCCCCCCGCAGCGGCAUAGGCCAUGGCGUGCUCACGCACCGGCAAAGACACAGAAGUGGACGCCAGCUGUCGCGUCUGUGUCUGUGUCUGUGGAGGCGGUGGGGGCUGUUGCUGUUGCUGCUGCUGCUGACGUGGCGGUGCAGCCACCAGGGCCCGCUCACGGUCGAGUCGCGUGUCGGUGGCCGGCAUGGGCAUUGGGGGCGGGCAGGGCUCGUCCGGGAUGUGGUAGGGGGACGGCUCAUUUUCCAGCCGAUACUGCUGCUGAUGCUGCUGGUACUGCUGCUGGUGGUGGUGGUGGGCCAUGUGUGGUGUGCCUGUGAGGGAGGAAGGAGGGGGCUGGUCGAGAGAGUCAGCCUGUUGGGGGUCGUAGUGGGGGUUCUGCAGAGCGACCACCAUCCGCACGCUCGCGGCGCCGAGCACGGGCAUCGGGGUGUGUGGGCCCUCACCGCCACAUGUCAACACGCUGCACGGCCUGAUGUACACACGCCUACACACACACAUCCAUCCAUCCAUCCAUGUGUGUGUGCAUCUCUUUGUUUGUGUGGCUCACUCCACUCACUGGUCGCUCUGCGCCCAGAUGUGCAUCUGCGGGCCGCCCGGCUGCGGCACCCUCAUGCGCCUGUCGAGGUCGUGCCAUCCCGUUUGCAGUUUGUGUGCCAGUUCGGCCAGCAUGAUGGGGAAAUAGCCCCUGGGCUCGUCGUCGCCCCCGUCCAGCGAGUAGACUGUCACCUUCAGGUAGUGCUUGUCGCGCAUGUGGCUGAGAAAGGCGGCGGGGUCGCCGCACACGGGGAAUAGGAGGGUGCGGCAGUUCUGGUACCCGGGCGACGGCUGGCAGCGCACCCUGACACACACACACACACACACACACACACAGAGGUAGAUGGGACAACAAUCAAUCAGUCCAUCGUAUCGUGUGGCUGAUCUAUCUGUGUUGCCUGCAGGCCCCACGUGCAGGUGUGUGGGUCGAGCGAGUCGUCCCAGAGGAUGGCAUAUGCGGGGGUCUUGAGGAAGACCGGCAGCAGCCCGCGAUACUGCACAUCCACCUCCAGAGGCGCAACCGUGAUCUCAAACACCCCGAUGGGCUCGCCGCCCUCGCCGGGCGGCAGGGCCAUGGCCGAUGUUCCCAU